AUGAGAAAUGACAGUGAUGUCGAGGUCGCGGUCAAAUGCGUAAGGAUCGAAAUUCCGGAUGAUCGUUUCAAGGACAUCGUCAACAAGGUUGAAGGACGACUUCCACAAGGGGAAACCCCUCCAGCGCAAUGCCAUUCUUCCCCUGUGGGGUAUCACCUGCCAGUACCAGCUAUUGUUUCUCCGUGGAUGCACAACGGAUCCUUGAGCACAUGUCUCGAUAAACAUUAUGACCGUCUCUCUGAGGCCCAAAAGUUCGGUUUGAUCUCGGAGGUGGGUGGUGUGCGAUGGGCUGCGCCAGAGCUUUUCGAAGUUCCCGACACCGAGGAUGCGCCUGGCUCACCGAAACUAAUUUUAUCGGGUCAGCAGCCGUACUGCGACAUUCGCAGUGAUCACCCAGAGAUUGUCGUAGCCAUACUCAAGGGUAUCAAUCCUAAGCGUCCGGAGAUCCCUGCCAUUGAAGACUGUCACCGGGACUUCAUCAAACAAUGUUGGCUCGAGAUAUCACGGCGAUCUCCCAUUGUUGACAUUUGAUGUAUCGCUAUAGAUAUGCUAUGUGUUGACUGUUUUUGUACCAGACGAGUUUUGCAAUCGACUUCUUGGG